CUUUUAUAAUUAUUCACAUACAUACAUCUCUACUCAUCCAAUUCCCACAAUUUUCAAAAUGUUCGCCAAGAUCUUUCUUGUAGCUCUCGCAGCUUCUCCACUCGUUGCAGCCCACGGCAAAGUCUCAGUCGUUACUGGUGAUGCUGGCGGAAAUACCACUGCCCUUGGAAUUCAAGGUGGUGUCGUGCCUGGCGCUGGUCAAAACGACAAGACCGAAGUCGAUACCACAAUCUUCAACCAGCUCGACGCAGCAUCAGACGGUCUUGGCAGAACAGAAGGACAGGGAAAGAACACUCUGGACGGCAUGACUGAUGUUGUUGCCCAAUCCGGCUCAACCUUACCUCAAGUCAGCUCUUCCGGCGGCAGCCUUUCUGGAACAUUGCACAUCGUUACCACUGAUGGUGCUGGCCCUUAUACUGCUAUCGUCGAUCCUACCGGAACAGGCUCUUUCGCUUCUGGCACAGAGGCAGAGGUGACUCAGCAAGUCCCAGGUACCUUUGGAGAAAUCUUGCCAAAUGGUAAUACUCUUCGCUUGAGAAUGCUUGCCAAGAUGGGACUUGCAAAACGUGCACAAAAUGUGAACAAGGACUAUCCCUUCUCCGUUGCCAUCCCAGCCGGAACCACCUGCACUGGCACAGUCGGUGGUCAAUCAGGUGUCUGCUUGGUCAAGAUGGCCAAUCCAAACCCUGCUGGUCCAUUCGGAGGCGUCUUUGCUAUGCAGGUCGCUUCUGGUGCAGGUAACUCCACCUCGACAACCAGCGCCAAGACUGCCAAGAUGUUGAAGGCCUAGAUGGAGAUGCAGGGAGCAAAAGGGUCAAGAGAGAAGAAUUGGCAUUCUUGAUGAGAGCCUGGGUGGGAUCGCUUGUAUAUUUUGUGUUGAUAUUGAU